CUUCGUUAGGGCCCACUGAACAACUAGAACGUAAAGUUAGGACUCUCCUCUGAAUUUAAUUUUUGUUAUAAAUUUCUGAUCAUUAUGAAUCACAAUGCUGUAGGAUUGGAGCAGCAGAUUGCUGGGCUUUCACUGGGGCCUGGUGAUGUUGGUAGAGGUGGUGGACGUGGUGGUCGCUAUGUCCCACCUCAUCUGCGUAACAUGGGGGGACCUGGCCCAAUGCCUGGCCUUCCUGGACCUCCUCCCUUCACUUCAAUGCCCCCUCCAAACUUCCCACCUGGUGGCCACUUCCCCAUGGCCGGCGGUCGUCCUGACGAUGGCCGCGAAUUUCGUGAUUUUAACAAUUCUUACGAUUACAAUAGGGGUCGAGGCUCCUAUGGAGGGAUAAGGCGCGACUUCGUGCCCCGUGGUGGGUAUGGUGGCGGCGCUGGUGGUGGCGGUGGUGGCUAUGGUGGAGGUGACCGCUGGGGCAACCGUGGUGGCGGUGGUGGCGGACGAGGAGGUCCCAGGUUUGAUGGACCGCCUCGCAACAACCGCUGGCAGGAGGAGCGUAAUGACGCUGGCAACCGCUGGAAUGAUCGCAGUGCCGGCAAUGGCACCACACCAUCAGGCGUCAAUUCAUCCGAGGAUUGGCUGACGCCGCUGCCUCGCAGCGAUGUGAUUGAGCGAGAGUUGUUCCAAUCGGGCAACUCUGGCAUCAAUUUCGACAAAUAUGAUGAUAUUCCUGUCGAGGCGACUGGCAACGACGUCCCCGAGCCCAUCACCUCCUUCAGUGAUGUCAAACUCACCGAAAUCAUCAAAAACAACAUCACUCUCACGAAGUACGAUCGACCCACGCCUGUUCAGAAAUACGCCAUUCCCUUCAUCCUUGCGAAGCGUGACUUGAUGGCCUCGGCUCAGACAGGCUCCGGAAAGACAGCUGCUUUCCUGUUACCCAUCCUGAACCAGAUCUAUGAACAGGGGCCGGCGCAGAACGUACCCAGAGGAGGUGGACGUUCCAAGCAGUACCCGCUCGCCCUGGUUCUCGCUCCUACUCGUGAGCUCGCCACUCAAAUCUAUGAAGAGGCUCGUAAAUUCUCGUACCGCUCGCACGUGCGUCCCGUUGUUGUGUACGGUGGUGCUGAUGUUGGCAAUCAGAUGCGUGAUCUUAACCGUGGUUGCCAUUUGUUGGUGGCUACACCUGGCCGUCUCAGCGACAUGAUUGACCGUGGCAAGAUUGGCUUGGAUCACUGCAAGUUCCUUAUCCUUGACGAGGCUGAUCGCAUGUUGGACAUGGGCUUUGAGCCUCAGAUUCGUCAUAUCGUGCAGAAUGAGAACAUGCCGCCCACUGGCCAACGACAAACGCUCAUGUUCUCAGCUACUUUCCCGAAGGAAAUUCAAAGGCUGGCUCAGGACUUCUUGCAAAACUACAUCUUCUUGUCUGUGGGUCGCGUUGGGUCUACCUCUGAGAACAUCACACAGCAUGUGGUCUGGGUGGCAGAGGAAGACAAACGUUCUUUCCUCUUAGACAUCCUCAACAGUGCUGGUCUGGGAGCUGAUAGCAACACCAACAAAGCUGAAUCUCUGACGCUGGUGUUCGUUGAAACGAAGAAAGGUGCGGACAGUCUUGAGGACUUCCUGUACCGUCGCAACUAUCCCGUCAUCUCCAUCCACGGUGACCGGUCGCAGCGGGAGAGAGAGGACGCCCUCAGGGUAUUCAAAAGUGGACAAUGCCCCAUCCUCGUGGCAACUGCUGUCGCGGCUCGUGGUCUCGACAUUCCUCACGUAAAGCACGUCAUCAACUUUGAUCUGCCUUCUGAUAUUGAGGAGUACGUACACCGAAUCGGUCGUACUGGCCGUAUGGGUAACUUGGGCCUGGCAACAAGCUUCUUCAACGACAAGAACCGCAAUAUGGUUCGUGAUCUGGUCGAGUUGCUCCAGGAGGCAAAGCAGGUGCUGCCGCCCUGGCUAGAAAGUAAGGCAGCCGAGAACAAGUGGGCUGGCAACACCAACAACCGACGCGGCGGUGGCGGCAACAAGAGGAUGGGCACUGGCUUUGGUUCACGUGACUACCGUCAGCAGCGUACCGAUAAGCCUCCCAUGGGAGGCAUACGCGGUGUUCCGCCCCAGUUUGGAGGUUAUGGAGGGCACUUCACUCAGUACGGAAGUGGUGGUAGCGGUGGCGGUGGCUACGGAGGUAGCUUCGGAACCAAUAACUACAACAAUCCCAACUCCUCCGGCACUGACUGGUGGGGAGGUGGCAUGUAAGGCGUCCAUACGAGCUGCUGCUGCUGCUACCACCGUACCUUGGUUAUCGAGGUCAUCAUCUUCAGCAUUGCAGAUUUUCAGCUGCAAGCCCCUCCUGUGACGUCAACUGCUUUGUAUCACUGGCUGCUUGCAGUGUGUUGGCGUGCUCUAUGCCACAAUUCAACUUCCUCUUUCAAUAAUUUGUUGGCUCGAAGAAUAAAGCUGUUAAAUAUUUUUGGUCUACAGUAAACUUCAGCAGCAGCAGCUGAAUUCAAGAACGCAAGAUUGACGGAAUCCGUGUCUCCUUGCUGAUGGAUUUUCGCUCCGUUUCAGUUUCACUAAAAUAUUCCCGUUGAGGUCUCUGUUUGUCAUUCAGCAGUUGCCUCAAUUAUUCUGAAACGAUAAGCUUGGUUUUAUAAUGUAAGAACUUCGAUUUAGAAUAGAGGGGAUCGUUCAGUUGAUCAGGUGCGUUAAGGGCGUGAUUACUGCUGCGUAAUCCUGACCCCGUCACAGACGUCGUGCUCGUCUAAAAUAGUAAUACCACAUCGCACGCCCCAACCAUUUCUUAUUUAGAAGGUAUUUGCAAAAUUUUAAAGCUGUUCUGAUUUAGGAACAGACAUAGGCUUUUGAACUUGGUUCAGCUUAGAUUAACUCAUUUAUAUAUUAGUCGCAGUAGAGGAUGAGAAUUGGCACCUUUGGUCGUAGUAAUUUGUUCUAUCACGAUUUUCUAGAACGGUAAAUUGAUUGCUGAUUUCUAAGUGCAACCUCAAGCUGGGCCAACGAAUUCUAAACAAUGAAAAGUCUUGCAAAUAUCUUCUCAAUAUUAAAUGUGAAUAAUUUAUGGGCUUCAGGGUAGCGCUGGGACGGGUGACGGAGAAAGCAGCCUGAAGAUGAUCUCGCACAUUCCUUUCUUUGCAGUAUAAGCCGCUCAAUUCACGUACGAGGCUGAAUCGCGUGCACGGUAUUUUACAGUCGACGAGCAUCGUAUAAAAUGCCUAUCGUAACCGCGAUCUUGUGGACUAAGUGCCGUUUUUUUCGGCGUGGCGCAGACCAGCAAUCUUGUUAAAGAUUAUUCCUGUGAUUUUGUACCACUUCUUAUAACCCUGGAAACUCAUUUUGUCUAAUAGAUUGUUUGAAGCAAUUUAUUGGAAUUUUUUCAUAGCUAGGUUUUACUUUCAUUUUCUAUGAGACCAUGUGAACUUGAUGAAGUCAAACUGAAUGGUGUAUUAAGUUUAUUGAACAAUUGAAAUGACCGCGACCGGCAGUGCACUAUCUUUUUCUUUGGCUCCAAGAGCGUUAAUAUGGCAUUGACUAGAGUAUAGUAAUUUUAGUCUAAUGUUCUCCAGAUUUUCUUGCUGUGCGGUUUUGAAUUUUGACUUCCGCCAUCGAAAUUUAGUGUGUUGUGAGAGUAUUUACACUUGCAUUACAGUGACGUGUAAUUGUUAAAAAUUUAGAUUUAUCCUCUAUAUUCGCUCCGUUUUUUUAUAUGAUCUCGUUCAGUCAAUAUUAAAUCCGUUAGUAGUUUUAUUGGCUCUACUAAAUUUGAUAAUGUCGAGUAUUAGCUAUGGCAGUUUUGGUUGGCAUUGCAGGAAGACUUCUUGCUUGCUUCAGUUAAGGUAACUCUAGUCAUGCUCGGUGCAAUAAUCUAAUGCACCUUCGUUUGGCCCAAAGACGACUCCGUUAAUUGUAUCGUUUAUUUAUUGGUAUCGUUAGUUAAACGUGGAGCCUUCAAUCUACCGUCAAGUCAAGGUUUGGAUACAAAAACGUAUUUAUUUUAUAUGGAGUCAAAUCGUACGUGUUAGUGCUUGAAGAAUUGCUGGUAAUGACAGAAAUUAUCUAGUCGUGAUUUCUGAUCAAGAGACUUAAGCAGUGCAGAGCUUGCUUUGAAGAAAUGUUGUUCUCGAUCUCGUGUGAGAAACUAAGCUGUCACGCUUUCAUUGCCUGAUUCAUUUUCAUGAAAUUAACGAUGGUUUAAACAUAAGUCGAAAGAAUCUCACGAUACUUUUUCGCUACUUAUCUUUUAAAGUGUUAUUACUGCCGGUUGUUGUUAUUAUUGUUCAGUCGAGUAGCUCGAUAGCUACUAUAAGACUUCUCGCUGUUGAGUUAAUCGAUUGGUGUCACUACGACUGUUUAAUUGACACUCUAAAAUUUCAUUUACUAUUAUCGUAUUAGAAUAUUUGGCGACUGGACUCGCCUGUUUUUUGUUUUAAAUCUAAAUCGAAUCCUAACAUUUUCUAACUCUACACUUUUCUCUAAUUUCCGUUUGUAACAUUUUUUUAUGCGCAACGCUGAGCUGCGUCCAUGAACGUGUUGAGUAGGCGAUGAUGUUACAUCUGUUUGGAUUGAGCGAUCCCUCUAGCUUGUGUAGGACUUAAUUAUGCUUAACAUGUAUUGAUCUUUAACCUCGUUGACUUGAAUGUACAUGAAACUGUUCUUCCCAAAGUUACACGCUGGCUCGCGCACGGUUUUUUUGCAAUUGACGCGAAAUGACCUCACUAGGUCGUCUGAAAAACUUAGGAUGAAAUAUACCCGCAUGUUAAUGUGUGGAUCUUCUUUAAGGUAACUGUUUAAAUUAAUCUCGUUCUACCAAAAUACAGGCCGUAAUCAUGGUCACGCCUGAGCCAGCUGUGAUGUUUUCCGAAUACUUCUAAUCGUACUUUUUUUGACUGGUCACAUGGUAUCCUCUAUUAUCUACUGUGUAUUGAAGUCAUAGUCGAAUCAUUUAAAGUACUGAUCGCAGUUUUCAUUGAUGAAUUUCAAUGGGCUUCUGUGACCUACUGAUUCACUUAUUUUGAAUAUUAAAAUUGGAUGAGACUUUUUUAUAGUUUCCUUUGUGACUAAUUGUCACGGACACCAAAUCAAAGACGCGUAUUUCUUUUUUCGUCUACUGUUGUCCUUUCUUGUAGUUUAGUGUCUAGUUUUACGAGUAAUAAAUGGAUUUUUUACAGUAGUAGUUUUCAUGUCUCUUCGGUUGUUGCCACUGUUUUUGUUGCUGAUUUUGGCCCUUACUAGUGGUAACAUUUUGUUCUUAUGAAGGGGGUGCCAUAUAUGAACAGGUACCAAGUUCAAUGAUGUCCUUUUUGUUAUUGUUCUCUGCGCUACACUUGAAACUUUGUGGAAUGUAGAUUUAUCAUGUAAUUGCAUUGCAAGACCAGCUUGCUCCCUCUUCUUAAGGGAGUUGUCAAUAAGCGCUGUUCUACUGGGAAAGGUGCAGGAAAUGACCCUAAUUUUCCACUCAAGUGAGUUUGAAAACAACGCAGUCUAUGUAACUAUAGUUCCGUACGGUAACAACUCGGUCAACCUAGAUUUCAUUUAUGUAACUCGUACCAGACACUAAUAAGUUCUUAUUGCCGAAUAUUUGCCGUCCCUUGUGAUAGUGUGUUGGAUACGAGACAUCGGUGCUGUAUUUGCUCUAAUGCUGAAAAUCUAAUACGGUUGUUAGAUUUGAUUAUGGCUGCUGUUCCGUGUCGUUGAAGGCGCUUCUGUGAUCAUGCGUCUUUAUUGAUGGAUGGUUCUAAAUUGUAUGCCACCUUUCAUCUUGAAUGAGUUGGCUCGUCCUUGUAUGCUUAUUAUUGAUACAUGUUGAAUUAAGUACUGCACUCGGGAUUUCCCAUGUGUGGCCCCAUUGAAAGUAUGGUCAUGUUUAAAAUUAGACUUUGCAUACAACUCGAGAGGGGCAUAUUUGUCUAUCGCAAAAGACCUUCUGAUGCCCAUAUGUUAUUCUUUUUCAAAAAAUUAAGUUUUUAUAGAUGCACUGGAUUAUUUUGUAACGUAUGCAUUGAGCAAGUGAGAGUAGAGUUUACUCAAUCCUGAGUUAGGGACCAAAUUUAGUAGUUUGUCUAAUAGUACGAACGUUUGCACAUGCAUUGGAGAAUGUGUGACCGCAGUGCAGUGGUGGAAGCGAUUGAAUAGCAGCGCUCUCUUGUCUCGUUGUAUCGAAAGCUCUGACCGGAUUCUCUUGCAAACUGAAAUUGUUUUCCUGUGAGCAUCUCGUCUUCCUGGCAGUGGUUGUGACGUGACCCUCAGAAUUCAACACAGACCUUGGCUGGCAUCGAGAACUGGCUGUAGAGAACUUGACAAGUCCUUCAGGCACGCCUUGUAAACAACGCUUUCCUGCUGCGUUGUGUGCCUAAUUUCAUGAUGAAGCGUGCCUAUGAAGUUUGAUGGAAAGACUAUAUUUAUGUGCGUGCUUCAUAUCAUUACACGGAUGUGGUUCCGUUGAGUAAAUUUGCCCUAUAAAAGAGAGGCAAUCGAUGGUCUUGUUGAGUGGGUUCUUAUUGAGUGACCCACUCGUUUUGUCUGUGAUAUUUAGGGAGUUGGCAGUUUAUGAUGAAGUUAGCUGCCCGUGUCUGCCUCUGCCAGGUGGCCUCUCAAGUGUACAAUGCUCGCCUCAUUUAUUACUUAGCUAUGCAGUGACCCUUCUUUCUAAUUACUAAUUCUUGUAUACAAAUCGAGACCGGUUGGUAUUUCGUGUACGAAUCUCUUCGCCUAUUAUUUUUAUAGAGAUGCAGCACGCUGGAGUGCGGAUUUGUACCUAACAUUCGGCAAGUUUUCGACUGGGUCUUGUUUGACCAUGAUUUUGCGAGAUUUGGCCGUUAUUUUCACGCUUGCGUACCUCUGAGUUCUGAAGAGAAAAUCGCUGUCAAGAGUUGAACAAAACUUCUGAUGCUAAGCCCCCUGAAAGAAUACCAUUUUCAUUCAUCCUCUUAUCACUUUUUUAAUGCCCUGAGCGACCAGGCUCUGCGAAGAGCACCUUAUUAUUUCGUACAAGCGCUUUUAAUAUCAGGAAAUUGUCAAGUAGUGCACCUACUUCUCAAUUUGCGACGUUUUCUCGUUAUCGUGAUACCCGGAUUACUUUAUUAAUUACAGUCGCAUCUUGAUUCUAUGUCUUACACGUUCAACGUUCCACAUUAGAAAUAUUUGAACGUUUGCAAACUUGUGUGGUGAGCAGUAAUACUCAAGAAAAUCGCGGUGCUGUGAUGUCAGAGAGCUUCAGAGAGAACGUCAGCUCCAGAAUAAAUUAUUGUACUCGAUUACUUGAGUGCUUCUGGUGCGUUCUUUUAUCGGUCUAAAAUAACUUUAUGCGAAUCUGAUUGGAAACUAUGACUAAUGUUCUUAUGGACCUAUGCUAUAGUAUUUGGCGUUGAUAUGCAUAAUGUGGACUACUUCACCCUUGUAUAAUUUACGAGUAUUAAGUGUUGACGUGUCAACUGAGAGCUGUUGUUGCGGAAUAUCGCGGGCGUUUGACCUGGCCGUAUCUUUAUAACUUAGUGAAUAACUUUUUCGGGGGGCUUUUCAGCAACACCGACUCAGAACUGAGUUCAACCGACUGUGAUAUUCUAACUGGAAAUAUUUAGAGCAACUCCAAUUUCGCUUUCCUAGACACGUUUUCCAUUACCAAGAAUUGGUCUUGCAUCUUUUUCAUAGCUUAUGUUGGAGUCGAGAUCCGUCCGUGAUUCCUGAUACUGAGCCUGUGGCAAUAUGUGCUCGCUAAGUACAUGUUCGCAAGUUCCAGCAUGCUCAUUUUUUUCAUCGUUUCGUGUCCUUAUGCCGCGCUUGUAGAAAUUAUCAGAGCAAUUAUUUCUACAAAUGUUGAGAUUUUCUAAAUAACCUUGGCGGAUGGGUAAUUUUCGCUCAUCAUUUCCGACAAGUCAGAGAUCUACUUGGCUUGCCGGGUGGUAAUUGUUAUUUAAGUGGUCCUGUGACUAGGUUGACUCCACUGCCAAAGAAAUAGUGUAGCGACGACUCGAUAAUUGUACUCUUGUAAUUGUUGAUCUCGACGCUGUAUCAUUUUUAAAAAUUAAUCUACAAACAAGGCUGUGAUUGAUCCGUACGUUUCUGUUCGUGACAAGCUGCUGCACCUGUGUACGCUCUAAAAAGUAUUUAUGGUCGACGUGACUAUCUCACUCGGCGUGUUUUGUUCGUAUUUUUUAUUACCUGUCUAAGCUUUUCAUUUUUGUAUCGACAAAUUGGUUUUGUCCUCUUCCAUAGUUCUCACUUGAUUUCCAUGCGACGGACGAGUAUUGUGGGGGAUGGCAAAUGAUACAUCAUUCAUUCUAUGAACUUUAACAAAAAUAAUCUGGGCAUCAGUACCAAGUCAAAAAUGUACCCCUUUCUUCCUUCAAGUAAGUAAACAAACUUUGCAAAAAUAA